GCAACUGGUAAUGAAUUUUCCCAAGAAUCAACCACUCUCAGUCCAAGCUCCUUAGCAGGUGCAAAAACUGUCAUUAAACUAUUUGUGCAUGCUUUAUUAAAAGUCCGUGCAAAUAUUUAUUUUGUUCUGUUUGUCCACAAAAGACAUAAUGUCACGCGUCUUUGAGUUUUUGUUGGUUGUCGACAACCACCGCUGCCAGUUGGUCGGUUAGCGCCAGGUCAGUGCCAGCUUGAAGCUAACUAGUUCGCUUGCUAGUUAGCCUGCGAGCUAACGUCACGCAGUUGCCUGCCAGCCAAGCUAACGUGGCUAUCGGGGUACAGUGCUAUCGGCUCGCAGAGGCUGCAGCCCCGGCGGCUUUUAGGCCAUAAGACGCUGACGACAAGAAACAACAAAUGGACAAAGACGAGUCGGACCGGCUGAUAGAGAAGGCGAAGCUCUUGUUAAGGUCCGGGCGGAAGGAGCGAGCGCUGCAGUUGCUCUAUGAAGCCCAGGAUAUCUACCCCAGCACCCGGGCCAGAGUGCUGAUUGACGCCAUACUUAAAAAUGGAAGCAACGCUGCUCCAGAAGCAAACCACGUGCCCCCGCCCAAAGGUUGGAGAGACGAGGACUGUGGAAGUGCAGAGAAAACACCCGCAAGCGGCGAUGACAAGAAGAGCUACACAGAAGAGCAGCGCCAGGGUGUUCUCAGGAUUAAGAAUUGCAGAGACUUCUAUGAAAUUCUUGGAGUUCCUAAGAAUUCCAGCGAUGAAGAUCUGAAGAAGGCGUACAGGAAGCUGGCCCUAAAGUUUCACCCGGAUAAGAACUUUGCUCCAGGGGCCACUGACGCAUUCAAAGCCAUUGGCAACGCAUACGCUGUGCUCAGCAAUCCAGAGAAGAGGCAACAGUACGAUCAGUAUGGCGAUCAGCCGACAGCAGAGAGCGCACCCCAACAUACCACCCACCACCGCCACUACAGAAAUUUUCACAGAGACUUCGAGGCCGACAUUUCCCCCGAGGAACUCUUUAACAUUUUCUUUGGAGGACGUUUCCCCACAGGGAACGUUCACGUGUACACCAAUCAGGGAGCCUCCUACUCUCAGUUCUACCAGCCGAGACGACGACGGGCUUACGAGAGACGUGAGGAUGUGGCGGAAGACAACCCGAGUCAAAACAAUUUCACAGCCCUGCUGCAUCUCCUCCCUGUUCUGGUGCUGAUCCUUAUCUCGGUGUUCACUCAGAUGAUGGCCACCAACCCGCCUUAUAGUCUCUUCUAUAAACCGAGCCUGGGCCUGGUGGUUUCCCGGGAAACGCAACACAUGGGCGUGCCGUACUACGUGGAUAAAGGUUUUGAGAAAGAGUACCGCGGCGACGCCCUGAAUGAGUUGGAGAAGACCAUAGAGAGUGACUACAUCGAACACUUGCAGAGCAGCUGUUGGAAAGAGAAACAGCAGAAAUCGGAUUUGAUGAACCUUGGACAGCUGUACCGAGACGAGCGUCUAAAGCAGAAGGCGGAGUCCAUGAGGCUAGACAACUGCGAAAAGCUGCACAGACUGAUCGGGCGUCAGAAAGCAAAAUAAAGAACGGGAAGAAACAUGCAGCAGAUUUGGGAGAUAAUGUGUGCCUUCUCUCCUCCGGGAUGGUAGGAAAUUACUAGUUUGCAUGUCAGAUGCUUUGGUGGCCACAGCACUGAGGGCUUCAGCCUUUUUCAAUUUUUUUAUUCUACAAAUGGCCUCUGUUUUAGGUCAUUGUACUGUACUAAGUUUCAUUAUGUUCAUGCACAUUUAUUUUUGUUCAGGGUUGUUGCCAAAAAUCUCGAGGUCAUGAAAAUAUUUGUCACGGUGACUUGAAUCUUUCUUUUGGGACAAAUCUCUUUUGUACUGUGAAGUCACGGACUAUCGUUUUAUUUAUGACUGCUUUAUUUCGGAAAAAUCGAAACACCUCAGAGAAGCAAGUGACCGAUAUUUUUGUAGACUGCGCUUUUCUCAGAUAAUGUCAAGCUUCCCUCUCACUACUUCUGCAUUAGAGCCAUCAUUACGGUGUGAAUUUCAAAGGUUGUGAUAUCUUAUAGAAAACUGUUCUAAAACAGCAUUUUUGAAGUGAAAAACGUAGACGAGACGUUUGAAGAUUUAUGUUGGCGUUUCAUUUUUGUUUCUUGUGACGUUUUCAGGUUCAUCUCAAGCACUUUUAUUAUUUAUUUACAGUAGUUUGUUCUAUUGUGUUCCUGUUGCAUGCAUCGUUAUUUAAGAAUUGUUUUGGUACGUAUUUCGAUCAUAAUUCACUGUUAAGCAACCCAACGAUACGGGCAACAUGUUUACUUAUAAAUAUAUAUACAGUAAAACACUUGUCAGGUUUUUCCAAAACAAAAGUACCAGAAAAUUAAAAGGUUAAAUCGAUUGUUUUUUUGAUU